AUGUUGCGGACAUCGCUUCGAUCCGUGAGGGGUCUGAGCAGCAGGUCUGUUGCCGCUGCUCCUGGCCGCCAAUGGCAAGCAGCAGCAGCAGCUCGGCCUGCUGGCCUCCUCGUGACGAAAACGAAUACUGCUCCAUCCACACCACCACCUCCGCCAGCGAACGAGUCGAGCGUCCAAGCCAGCACCAUCGCUCCCGAGAAUGUGCCCCUGACACCUCCCGCCCCAGAAGACCUCGGGAACGUCUCGAAGAAGGAAGGUCCUGCAGUUUCCACACCGCCGCCUCCACCUCCGGGCAAGGGCUUCCUCAGGAGACUGCGCAAUUAUGUCCUGACCCUCGUGAUCCUCGGUGCCGUCACCUUCGGCGGUGGUGUCUACUACUCGCGGAUCAACGACAGGUUCCACGACUUAUUCACCGAGUACAUCCCUUAUGGCGAGCAGGCCGUGCUCUACCUGGAGGAGAUGGAGUUCCGGAAGCGUUUCCCUAACAUCUCGAACCGUGGUGGCCAGCGCCCACGCGACACGGGCGAGGCGGUGCGCAUUCCGGCACAACACGGUGUGGCCUGGAGGGUAGCAGACGCCGGUGAGCCGGCCGGGCGCCAGUCGAGCGCUGUGGAGAAGACGACCACGGCGAAGAAGGAAGCCGCCAAGAAGACACCCGCGCCUGAGGCCCCCAAGCCAAAGGAGCCUCCUGCUCCCGCUCCCAAGGCGGAGCCCAAGAAGGAUACCCCCGCCCCAGCUGCUGCUGCUGCUGCUGCUCCUGCCGCGACAUCUGGCUUCAGGGCUCCCGAGGUCAACGAGCCGUCGCGCCUCCCUCCUUCCUCACCAAUUGAGCCUGUCUACUUCCCUGAUGCCGACGAGCCCGUGGUCCAGAAUUUGGCGCAUAUGCUGAACGACAUCAUUGCCGUCAUCAACGCUGAUGGUGCGCACGGCAAGUAUGGUUCGUCCGUUGAGAAGGCCAAGAACGAGCUCAAGAAGGUCUUUGGGGAGAUCGAUCACAUCAAGGCGGCUGCGGAGGCGGAGGCUGCUGCCAAGGUGAAGGCCCGUGUCGCGGACUUUGACAAGGCUGCGAACGACCUGCUGAACCGCGUGGAGAAGACCAUGGCGGCACAGGAAGCCGGCUGGCAGCGGGAGUUCGACGAGGAGAUGAAGAAGCUCAAGGAGACGUAUGACGAGCGCAUCAAGGUUAUGUCGGAGCGGGAGCGGCAGCUCCACGAGGACAAGCUGAACAACAAGCUCCUCGAACAAGCCAUUGCGCUCAAGCGGCACUUCAAGGAUCAGAUCAGGAGGCAGGUCGAGACAGAGCGGGACAGCAGACUCGGCAAGCUGGAAGAGCUCUCCAAGUCCGUCUCGGAUCUGGAGAGUCUGGCUACCGGCUGGAACGAAGUGAUCGACCUGAACCUGCGUACACAACAGCUCCACGUCGCCGUGGAGGCGGUCCGCGCGAGCCUUGAGGAUGCGGCGCACCCGCGACCUUUUAUCAAGGAGCUUGUGGCGCUCAAAGAGAUUGCGGCGGACGAUGCUGUCGUCAACGCGGCCAUCGCCUCGAUCAAUCCUUCGGCGUACCAGCGCGGCGUGUCGAACUCGGCAGAGCUGAUCGACAGGUUCCGACGGGUAGCCAACGAGGUGCGCAAGGCCUCGCUGCUGCCCGAGGAUGCGGGCGUCGCCAGCCACGCUUCCAGCUUCGUCCUGAGCAAGGUGCUAUUCAAGAAGCAGGGGAUUGCCGCGGGCGACGACGUCGAGAGCAUCCUCACGCGCACCCAGACGUUCCUUGAAGAGGGCAACUUGGAUGCUGCAGCGCGGGAGAUGAACGGGCUGACAGGCUGGGCAAAGACCCUGAGCCGGGACUGGCUGGGCGAGGUGAGGAAGGUAUUGGAGGUCAAACAGGCUCUAGAGGUGAUUCAGACAGAGGCGAGGCUGCAGAGCCUCAAGGUCGAGUAG